UAAAAAGACAAGGAACACGAUAAAGACAGAGAAGAAAACAAGGAACGUGAAGACAAGGAAAACGCAGACAAAGAAGAAAAGGAAAACGAAGACAAAGAAGAAGAAAAGAAACGCGAAGAUAAGGAAUGCGAAGACGAGGGACACGAAGACAAAGAACACGAAAACAAAGAAGAUAAGGAACACGACGAAGACAAAGAACAAGAAAACAAAGAACACGAAGACAAUGAACAAGAGGAGGAAGACAGUCUCCCGCGCUCCACUGAGCCAUAAUUAAUGACUACACUACACUAAAUCAAAUCUGUAUUUACCGAGUAUUUGCAAGGAUUGAGAUUACUCCUGAUUUAUCAAGUAAUAGGUUUAACCCAAGUGUGUUAGGGAUUAAACCAA